AUGGAUUCCUCUAUAGGCCAACCAGGAGCGGCCGAGGCCCAGCAAAUCCGGGUCAAUUUCACCACAACAUCUCCAGAUCUUCAAUUACCUGAAGGUCGAACCCAAUUGCUUGUGCCAGCAGAUAUCAAGCGAUAUGGCCUAUCCCGCGUCCUCAACUCCGAGUCUAUGCUCGACACCCCAUCGCCUAUCCCCUUCGACUUCCUCAUCAACGGUAGCUUCCUGCGCACCUCGCUCGAGGACUACCUAAAGGCCAACGGGCUCUCCGCCGAAUCCACAGUCACCGUGCAGUACGUUCGCAGCUUAAUACCGCCCUCCUUCCAGGCUAGCUUCGAGCACGACGAUUGGGUUAGCGAUGUCGAUGUUCUGUCUGAAACUUCGCGCGCGGGUGUCUGGAGCGGUGGGAAGUUUGUUACGGGCCAGGAUCGGAUUUUGUCGGCGUCGUAUGAUGGUCUGCUAAGGAUAUGGAAUAAAUCUGGGAACGUUAUCGCUACUUCUUCGUCCAGCAGCCUUGGCGGCCACAGCGCUAGCGUCAAGUCUGCGAAAUUCAUAUCCGCGUCGCAGGUCGCGUCAGCUGGGCUCGACCGUACAGUCCGCAUAUGGAAAUACACCGAGGCUGAUGACUAUCUCUCCGGUACUCUAAAGCCUACACUCGAGCUAUACGGACACAAAGCCGGCAUCGAGUCCCUCGACGUCCACGGCCCGACUGGACGCAUCCUAACCGCUGCCAGCGACGGCACCAUCGGCCUCUGGACAACAUCCAAAUCCGCCGCCCCCGCCGCCCCAGCAGGCCUCCUCCCCGGCGCCAACGUCUCCUCCUCCAAGAAGCGCAAAAUCGCCUCCACGGCACCCCAACGCGGCCCUCUCUCCCUAACCCAACCCCACACGACCUCCGCCUCCGCCGCGCUCUUCGACCCAGCCGACGCCACGGUAGCGUACACCGCAUCCCAGGACCACACGAUCCGCACCAUCGACCUAACGACCAGCAAAGUCGAAAACGUAAUCACAACCUCGCACCCGCUGCUCUCGCUAUGCGCCAUCCGGCGCAACGGCAACAGCGUGCUCCUCGCAGCAGGCACUUCGGCGCGGCACAUCACGCUUGCGGACCCGCGGGCCGGCGCGGCCGCGACCUCGGUGAUGACGCUGCGCGGACACCGCAACAUGGUUACCGCCAUCGCGGCAUCGCCCGAAAACGAGUACAGCCUGGUCUCCGCCUCGCACGACGGCACGUGUCGGAUCUGGGACCUGCGGGGCGCGCGCGCGGGCACGCGGGCCGAGGGCGGGGGAGCGGUCAGCGAGUCCGUGUAUGUGAUUGAGCGGGAGAGCCAGAAAAGCAGCAGCAGUAGUUCGAAUACUAAGGGCGGCGACGUACCGGGCCGAGGGGCAAAGGUGUUUGGUGUGGCGUGGGAUCGCAGUUGGGGGAUCGUUAGUGGUGGCGAGGAUCGCAUGGUGCAGGUUAAUCGGGGGAGGGAUUUGCUCGCCGUUGACUAG